UACUGAGCCAUUUUUUUGGUCGAACUGAAAUAGAAGGAAGUAGCUGCCAACAAAUUGUGGAUAGGUGCCUUGCGUGUACAAACCGCCAUAAAUAACCAACAGCCAUAGGGCGUCAACACAACCAAACUCAGCAUCUGCUGCCUCUAGGUUGGAAUUUUCAAAUUUGUGAUCGAUUGGACAGACAGGUUUUUGACGGGAUUUCCCUCCUGAAGACCUCACCGGUGAUCGAGUUUCUUGCAAGGUGUCCGCCUCCAUUGUGUGACAGUCUGCGGUCGAGGUCAAGGCAGUAUCUACAGCUCGGAGUGUAUUUCUUCUCAUUUUUGUUGCGAAAACCAGAAAGAAUGCCGAGUACGAAAGUGGACCACACCGACAAACAGGGUGGGAAAAGUUGGGGAAAGCUGAAACAAGAUCAGGAAGAGGCCUUAGGAAUCAUUAACGAGGAAAUCGUUAAGAAUGGUGAUUACAGCUCGUAUGAAGAUCUUGAGGAAAGACUCAGUAGUUACAAAGACAAGUUCAUCGAGUACGAUCUGGAUAAUUCCGGAGACCUCGAUGUCAAAGACGUGUCGUACAUGAUGGAGAAGCUGGGACAGCCCAAAAACCACCUGGAGGUGAAGAAGAUGAUUGCUGAGGUGGACACCAACCACUCGGGUACCAUCAACUACAACGAGUUCAUCGAGAUGAUGCUGGGCAAAAAGAACAGCGUCCUCAAAAUCAUUUUGAUGUUCGAAGAGAAGAAAAAGGGAAAAGAACAGCCGACAGGUGUCCCUCCCAAAAAGAACCUAGCUGAUCUUCCAUGAGUUCGACCGCAAUAGUUUUGUCCGGACUUGUGACUUUUAUGAACAAUGAAAUUGAAUUACGUUUUGAACAAAUUGAGAAACAGUGCAUUGAAUGUUUCUUUGUAUCAUAUCCGAGGUAUUUUGAUGCUUCCACCUUAACGGGUUCCCCGGUGUGUUGGCCUUUAUACUCGACAUAAUAAUUGUUUUAACGUAGAGUUUAUUUUGUGUCUCUUUCAUCAAUCAUCUUGGUUCUCAUGAUCGAGUUGUGUGUAACACUUGAGCAAAAUAUCUUGCGUUCGGGACAUCAUGCAUGGAUAAUAUUUAAAAAAGAAUUGCUGAACGUUUAAACCCUUUGUUUUAACUGAAAAAGGAGUAAAAAAGAAGCAGUGAGGUUUUAGAGGUACUAUUACAGAAAACUGAGAUAUGGAACCUAAUUUAUUUUUUAAUAGGGAAGUCCGCAUUUCUAACCGUUGGCUUAUCUUUACUCAUGCACUCAAAUUAAACGAAUGAAAACUCAGCUAAUGUAAUCAUUCUAAUAAACCCCCGAAAGUGCCGAUAUGAUGGAUUUCACAUGAAUUUGAAGGCCUCCUUACAGUGAUGAAUCUAGCGCCCUCUGUUGUCUCGUGACCUAAUCGAUGCCGGUCAGCACCACUGCCCUUCAUGUUUAAAAACAAAGGCUAUUAAAGUAAACGAGAUAUGUCUUUAACUGUAUCAUACAGUUUUUAAGUUUAAAUGAAAGUUGGUAUAAAAUAGUCUGGCUUUUUUAUAAUACAAAGUAAACGUGGCAAGUAAAUACGCCGGAUUAAAUGUUUUAGGGAGUGGUAACAUGGAGGACGAUGACUUCCCUUGGUACAGCCAAGGGAUAUCUAGAUGGCAUGGAGAUCAGUGCAACACCUUACCGUCAACAUCUUGCUGUUUUCACUACUGCUGUUAAAACCACAAAGAGCAUUGUCGGUAAUAAUACAUUUUAUAUAUUUUUAAUUAUUUUAUAAUACGUUUUGUAUGUGUAUUUUAUUGAAUUUGUAUUGUUUGUGAAAACAAAGCUUGGAAACUUACAUUUACUCUUUAUAUCAUGUGAAAAUUGUAUAGAUUAUCGAGCUCUGCAUUUAAUUAUCGUUGGCAUUUUAUGGUCCCUGCGGAACUUUAUCAGCUAAUAAUGUUCACAUAUCAUAUCCCCUUUUACGGCCGUCUUUUAUAAUAAAUGCUUAGUAAAUUUUAGCUUACUAUUAACUUAAGAACACACUGUAAAUUUAAUUCGAAUCUGUUUCUUUAUAACAUGCAAUAAUGCAAAUCUAUCUUUUAUCUGUGCUUUUAAUUAUACUCAUUAUCAUGGUGACUAACUUCAGCCUGAGGGUUUCUGAUACAUAAAAUAUUGUAUAGAAAGUAUUAUUGUUAAUGUAAAGGAAGAUGAUUACGCUCGGAAAUAAACUUCAAUAUUCCUUUUUUUAUCAAAAG